AUGCGCUCACCACCCCGUGGAUCAUUAACAGAUUUAGGAACAUCGAAUAGUAAGUUUAAUAUGGAGCACCAAAAUACCCAGAGAAAACGUAAGCAACCAGAGCAUAGUUGCAACUGCAACUGUGCACAAGAACUUCAAGAUUUCCGCAAAGAUGUUACGUUAAUGUUACAAAAAUUCACAAACACCCAGGAAGCUACAAUGAACUUCAUUCGUGACAAUAUUACAGAAAUGAAAACACAGAUUAUGUUUCGUAAAGAACGUGGCGUUUUUGAACUCAAGAAUGAUGAAGUCCUACAGAUUUUGAUGGGUGACAGUAGUGACGAAGAAGACAAUUUACAACUGGACGAAGAAGAUCAAAGUAUUUUGACGCAGGAUGAUGAUCAAGGGGUCUCUGACGUUGAAAUUGAAGAUACUCCAGUUCCACUUCAGAAAUCAGUAAGUCUGCCACCUGAACCAACAAAGUCUACAGCUGUUUUACCCGUCACCGAAUCACACAGUAAUCAAGAACCACUUUUCAAGUGGAACCAGAGAACAUAUGUGCCAAAUACUUUUCGUGAUGUGGAAUAUGAGUUCGGAAAGAUACAAAUUUGUCAAGAAGUUGAUGCUGAUGUAUUGACUCCCUUUGACAUAUUUUGUUCAACUACAAAUUUUUAUAUUUUAGUUCAAAAUAUAGUACAGGAGUCAGUACGAAUACCAAGGCAUGCGGAACUGUUCGAACAAACCGGAAACAUCUUCCAAAAACUGCACCAGUUGACAAAAAAAAUGAAUCGAGGAGACAUAUACACCACAAGUUUUCAGGGCAUUUCAUACGUGAAGUGGAUGGACAAUAAAGCAGUGCACUUGUUGACCAACUUUCUGUCACCUUUAGAAACAGACUCCGUAAAACGACGCAAAGCUGGGUCAGCGGAAAAAAUUAAUGUGAAAUGCCCAAAAAUUGUAUCACACUAUAACAAAAACAUGGGAGGAGUAGAUCUCAUGGAUCAACGUAAAGUGUGCUAUGAAAUCGAUCGCAGAUCGAAAAUAAAAUACUACCUGCGACUAUUUUUUGAUCUCUUAGAUAUUUCAGUGAAUAACGCACAUACUGUCUACGCAAAGCUUCACGAUGAAAAACAGUUGGAAGGAGGUCUGUUGUCUAGUUUGCAGUUCAGACAAGUCGUUGCUCGAAGUUUGAUAAACGGUUUCUCUGUCAGGCAGCGAGACCUUCCCACUUCAAAAUCAAGUUCAGUACGCAGAUCUGUAAAACGACAGUUACCCACACACCCCAUGGAAAAAUCAAAAACCAGGAAGAGAUGUGUCAACUGUGCCAAGUGCAGGAUAGAAAACCGAACAAACAAUACUUGUGUUCUAUGUAAAGUUCACCUCUGCUACACUAAUGAAAGGAACUGUUUAGCUGAGUACCACAACUAA